AUGGAUGAAGACGUGGAUUCAAUUACAGAGAACACUUCAUUUAAAGUUGAUCAGAAGAAAAUAUUAUCGCUAGACUAUCAUCGAUCGAUUUUGGGUGUGACAUGUUUGGAUGUUGAGAAUCGAAAGUUAUACGUAUAUGAAGAUAUUGAGGUAUCCUACCCAAAUACUUACAUUGAGGCAAUAAUCGAUGAUUUGGAACCCGAUGUCGUGUUUGCAUCUUCCCGAUGCACAGAAACCAUGAUCACCUUUUUGAGGGCAUUGGAAGCAGAACGGAAUUUAGCACUUUUUGUCAAGAUUGUGUCAGAUUAUACAAAAUUUGACCACCAGAUUUUAGCACAAUCAUUUGAUAAAUAUAUUGGUACCGUAAGCUCCAAGCUUUUUAUAGAUGCGGCAUUGAAAUCUCCAUACUUCAAACUCAGCGUAAAGUAUCUAGGUUUGGCUGAGAUGGUUGAUACAAUUGAUGCUUGCAGUUUUAAAAAUCUCAUGUUUAUGGAUGUUGAUCUGUUGUUUGCACUUCAAGUUGUACCCGACCCCCAAGUAAAACCAAGCAUUUCAAAGGAUUCAAAAACUAGCUUGCUUGAUUUUGUAAACCACACUGCUACAAGAGAGGGGUACUUGCUUUUACGUGACUGGGUGAGGAAACCCUUGGCCAACUUACAGUUGAUCAAAGACCGUCAAGCUGCCGUCAGGGCUUUGUCCUUCGAAUCUUUCAAAGAAAGUAGGAAGCAAGUUUUCAGAUUUCUAAGUCAGUUAAAAAGCCUGUUUCGCAAAAUAAAGAGAUUGAGGGCAAAUGAGUUGCUUUGGAAUAGUUGGAAAUCGUUGCUUGUCUUUUUGUCAAAUUCGGUUCAAAUUGUUAAACUUUUAAAGUUGCACUUUACAACAAUAAAUGCUGAACCUGCUCCACUUUUCAAAUUUGCAAUAUUGCUAAAAGAUGAUGUUUUUGAGUUUCAGAAACUUUCUGACACCAUUCUCCUGAUUAUUGAAAUACAGUCGUCUGCAGAAGAGGGAAAGGUUCGGGUCUUGAGUGGGGUGGAUGAAGAAAUUGAUAGACUAAGGAUUAUUUAUAACGAUUUAGAGUCUAUCUUGCAAGAUUGCACUCAAACAUUAAAGUUCACAUACAACCAGAGCUUUAACACAGUGUAUAUUCCACAGUUGGGGUUUCUAGUUUCUACUGAAAUAGCAGACCUCUCACAUGAAGCAAACUUUCCAAAUGAAUGGGAGAAGGUAUUUAUUACACCGACCAAUGCUUACUACAAGUGCAAUGAAGUCCAAGAUUUAGAUGCAAACUAUGGUGAUGUUCACACUCUCAUCAAUGACAGAGAAAUUGAAAUCAUACAAGGAUUACAAGAGGAGGUGUUGAAUUACGAGCAAAAGAUACUUGACAUUAUAGAUGGUUUAGUAGAGUUGGAUUGCUUGUGCUCAUUAGCUGAAGUUUCAGUCUUACCAGGAUACAAUUUCCCUACACUCACUGAUGGAUUGGAUUUGCAAAUUAAUAGUGGGAGACACGUCUUGCUAGAAUCCUGUCUGAAUAUGGUUGUUCCGAAUGAUGUGCAUUAUGAAGGCAGUGAAAGGGUGAUAAUCAUCACAGGAGCCAAUUUCUCUGGCAAAUCUAUUUUUCUCAAGCAGACGGCAUUGAUCGUUGUGCUUGCCCAGAUUGGAUGUGCAGUUCCUGUCGAAUCUGCUGUCAUCGGCGUGAUAUUGGCCGGAAACUCGAUGCCGGAAAAGAUUUGGUCAACGAGAUGA